AUGCACACUGGCAUUCCUGUUGAUGCUCGAAUAAAUUUCCAUCCUGGUGUAUGUUUUAUUCGUGCUGUUACACUUGGGGUUAUUAACCCUAUGAUUCGUGGAUACUGGAAGUGUUGCGAAAAAGAUUUAAAUUCAUCUGGAUGUGAGAAAGUUUAUUCUUGUUGUAAGAAUAAUAAUGAUGGUUGUCGCAAUAAUACCGUUGCUGCAAUGGAUCGCGCACAAGUGAAGAAUGUCAAUACAUAUAUGACACUUGCAAGCAUAAAGCUGGCGAACUACCUUGUUGUACAGUUUGCAAAGACUGUGGUCAAACGAUAG